CGGCACACGCACAGCAUGGAUUUAUGGCUGAAGCCUUCAUUUCCUUUCAGAUUUCAGACAGCAAGGUUGUGGGUGAAAAGAUAGACGCGCAUGAUAAAUACAUGCCACCGUAUUACAGAAUGUGUAUGUGCACAUUGCAUUGGCAUGAAGAUGAUUACAUUUGUUUGCUUAUAUGCACAUGCAUUAAUUCAAGCGUGAUCUACCAAAGAUUUCGCAUGUUUCACGUGCACUCCCCCAAAUUCAAUAAAAUGCCCAUGAUACUGUAUAUUUGUAGAAUUGACCUCCUCCACCUUGCAGCGACCACGAGGCUCUGAAACAGAUUGUAUAGGCUACUGAGCAAGACAAGCCAUCCCAUUUCGUAAAAAUGAUCAUUGUGCUAUAUUAACGUAUUGCAUCAUGUGGAUAUACUUCUACCGUCUCUAAAUGUAUCCGUCAAAUUAGCAUUACAUAUUCAUAUCACUUUAGCUUUAAGUGGGCUUUUCCUCUUCACGGACUCAUCUCUGGCCGCCCCCUCAGAGGUAGCUCUCCAUUUGGCGAGGCGGAAGGGAGAUUCCUCAGCUCUUCCAGUUAUACACCCCCUCCUCUGUAUGAUGGUGCUGUUACGCACCACUAUAAUAAACGGAGACGUGACUUUCUGGGGCGAAUCCCUGCCUACGUCACUCCCAGACCUACAUAAAUAUCCCGAGCAGCGCCUCUGAUCAGACUAAAACAAACCUCUUUUUCCGCUACAACUCUUCAAACCAAGGAUUAUUGGAUUUCCCUCGCUGUAUUUAAUUGCCAAUACAAAGCACAAUGACUUUAAACAAAGGAGACAAAUUGCGGAACAUGGACAGGAGACGAGGAAGCGUGCCGUUCCCCAUGAAUCUACCGAACCUACACCGGAGAAGCAUGCCGGUGGACGACCGCGACCUGCGCGCCACGAUUCCACAGACUGGGCAGAACGCCGAGCUGUCCAACCUCCUGCGCUGCACGUCCUAUUCCCCGAACGAGCAGCACCGCGGCAGCUGCGCGUCGGACUCCUCCGACUCCGUCAUCUCCACCGGCAGCGAGGCGGAGUCCCCGGUGUACAAGGUGGUUCUCCUCGGGGAGCACGGCGUCGGCAAGUCGAGCCUCGCGCGCGUCUUUGGAGGAGUCGAGGAUGCUUGUCACGACUGGGAUGAAGCAGGAAACACUUAUGACAGAUCUAUCGUGGUGGAUGAAGAAGAGUCCUCCAUUGUGUUGUAUGACAUCUGGGAACAAGACAACAGCCUGUGGCUGCAGGAUCAGUGCAUGAGGAUGGGAGAUGCCUACAUCAUCGUGUAUUCAGUGACAGACAAGUCAAGCUUUGAGAAGGCGUCAGAGCUGCGUAUUCAGCUCCGCCGGGCCAGGCAGUCCGAGAACAUUCCCAUAAUCCUUGUGGGCAACAAGAGUGACCUGGUGCGGUCCAGAGAGGUGUCUGUCGAUGAGGGAAGUGCCUGUGCAGUGGUAUUUGACUGCAAGUUCAUCGAGACGUCUGCGUCGCUUCACCACAAUGUGCAUGAUCUAUUCGAGGGCAUCGUCAGACAGAUCCGCUUGAGGAAAGACAGCAAGGAGGAGAAUGCACGACGCAUGGCCAACUGCAGGCGCAGAGAGAGCAUCGGCAAGAAGGCCAAGCGGUUUCUGGGCCGCAUGGUUGCACGCAAGAACAAGAAGAUGGCGUUUCGGCAGAAGUCAAAGUCCUGCCAUGACCUAACAGUCCUCUGAGGAGCCGGCGGGAUGGACGGACAUUUUUUCUUUGGCCUCUGAAGACCAGAUGCUGUGUGUGUUUUAACACUAACCCUAAAGGACUAACAGAGCUGUACAGAAAUAUAUUUUUACUUUUUAGACACCAAACAAAUGCAAAGAGCGGACUUAAUACAAAUGACACUAUUCAAGUCAUAUCAUGUACACUACCGUUCAAAAGUUUGGGGUCACUUAGAAAUGUCUUUAUUUUUCAACAAAAAGCAUUGUUUUUUCAAUAAAGAUAACAUUAAUCAAAAAUACACACUAUACAUUGUUAAUGUGGUAAAUGACUAUUCUAGGUGGAAACGUCUGGUUUCUAAUGAAAUAUCUCCAAAGGUGUAUAGAGGCCCAUUUCCAUCAACUAUCACUCCAGUGUUCUAAUGGUACAUUGUGUUUGCUAAUCGCCUUAGAAGACUAAUGUCUGAUUAGAAAACCCUUGUGCAAUUAUGUUAGCACAGCUGAAAACAGUUAUGCUGGUGAUAUAAGCUAUUCAACUGGCCUUCCUUUGAGCUUGAAGUUUGAAGAACAAAAUUAAUACUUCAAAUAUAAAUCAUUAUUUCUAACCUUCUCAAUGUCUUGACUAUAUUUUCUUUCAAUUUUCAAUUCAUUUGAUAAAUAAAAGUGAGUUUUCAUGGAAGACACGAAAUUGUCUGGAUGACCCCAAACUUUUGAACGGUAGUGUACAUGGUAAUAACCUUCAUGAAGCUUUGCAAAUGUUCUUUUUAUUUUGUUAUUAUUUUUUGUUCUGUUUUAAACAUGUCGCUAUGUAUGUAUGGAAAAUCCACAAAGGCUUGUUUUUUGUCAUGAGUUGCACAGAUUGCCUUGCUGUUGGGUUAUUGUUGUGUUCCUUUAUUAGAGGAGAUUGAUGUAAAUACUAAAACAUGAAUAAUGCUGAAUGCAACAUACAUCUCAUUAUCCCAAAAGACAUGGUAAAGAAUCAUAAUUCUUGGUCAUCUGGAGUCAUAUUUACUUGAAACGUGGUACGCAGGUUCGUGCCUCUGCCAAGUUAUUGCGGACUUGUCAAUAUAUGAGAAAACAAAAUUCUAUGUUGUUCCAUAACAUUGAAUUCAGGAUGUGAAUGUAUGAGUAAAGCAAUAAGUUAUAUAUGUCUUGUGAACCUUGACAUUGUUUGGAAAUACAUUGAUUUCCUUUUUCAAUAAAAUAACAAAAAUGAAAAGAUAAAA